UCAUUCAUAUAAAAAGGUCAGACAAAUACAAAAACAAAACGAAAAUACUCUUCUAAAACAAUAAUCAUGUCGAGCAGCAGUCGUCGCGAAAUGUGGGUGCCCAGUCCGACGAUAAUGUUGCACCAGCUGCAAUCCUCGGAGGAGGAGGCAGACGAGCCGGCCGUGGAUUUCCACGAGAACUGCAACCGGGCGUGGCGGGCACAGUACAAUCACCCUGCGACGGCCAGCGUGGGAAUUGGGUACGAGUUCGUCAACUCACCCAGCCAGUGCAUCAGCUCUUCCCAGGACGACGAUGCGGAGAAUCGCAUGCGUGGUAAUUCUUCUUCCAGCACCAAUCGACUGGUGCGCACUCUGGAGAUCCCCCCGAUCGGAUACCAUCCCUACAGUUUUGGGUCGGAGGACGAGAACCAGAUGCAGCACUUGGUGUAAUCGAAAAACUCAUCCCCAAACUAAAUUCUCAGUGUUUCGAAAAUUCUGAUUCGCUUUUUUCCUAAAACCAGGAUGUACGUACCUGACCCACCGUUGUCGCAUCUGAGCCCUGAUGAAUCUCAACUGGAGACGCGAGGCCCCGAAAGUGGGUCUUUUAUAGCAUCACCUCUUUGGAAUAAAAUUGCAUUUCAUUUUGUUUUCGCCAACACGAA